AUGCGACGGCCGGACGUGGUGGUAGCUCCGCUGACUCGAUCGUCGGCGACCCACGCCCAGGCGCCGCCAGCGAUCACCAGCAGCAGCCUCAGUAGCCGUGGACGGUUGCGUCCGUCUACUGUCGGCAUUUCGUCGCCCCCUCCAGGCUCAGGCGGCUGGACGCUCCCUCCUUUGAACCACUUUAUGACUUUACCGCGCACGUUUUUGGCCUCGCACUUUGGCUCGUCUGUUGACAGCAUCUCGUCGACCCCUAAUCACGAAAGUAUCGCGAGAGCCAAUCGGAAUCGAAGGAGCGGUCCGAGCUCAUCGACCAGCAGCUCGACGCCACUUGAUACGAAUCUGCUCGCACAGGGCGACGACGGGGAGUGCGAGACCCACGAGCGCUUUGUGCUACCUCGUCUGAUGCAACUCCAGGACGUCCAGGACGCGACUGGGGAGCGGUCGCGUCCACUGGAAGAAAUUGAUCUCACGGUCUCGUCGUCGGAAGACGAAGGGGGUGAACCGAAUGCAGGAGAGAACGACGACGUGAUUGAGAUUCACAGCCCCAUGUCAUCAGUGACAGUGAGUACGUCGCAGCCGCGACGGAAGCGACGUCUACCAGGUGCUGCUACGUGUAGAGGUGCUGUCAAGGGACCGAAACGGCCGUGUGUGACUGCAAUGAUGCGGAGUGCCGAGUGUACUAACGUCGGUAUGCAGAACAACGAGGCGGUGGAGGAGUUCAAGCAUUUACUCAAGUGCGCCAUUUGUCUCGACGUGCUGGAAGACAUUACGUCCACAGUCUGUGGCCACAUCUUUUGCGCGGGCUGUAUAUGCCAAGCGAUCCGCGCGAGCGGCAAGUGCCCAUUGUGCCAGCGUCGUCUGCAUCUCAAGGACACGCAUCCACUAUUUUUUUAA